AUGGCAGCCUCGCAGGCCAAAGUCAUCAGUGUGGGGUGGGUGCACGGCAAGCGGCUGGCCAACAUCAACGCCUGCAUCGGCGACCAGGUGGUGUUUGUCUGGCCCAAGCCCUCCCAGCACGACCUGGUGGAGACCAAGACCCGCACUUGCAGCCGCGCUGGCGGCGUCACGCUGGCACGCACCACGCUGGGCGGCUACAAGAGCGUGGCAAUGACCAAGGCGGGCAACCGGCACUUCAUGUGCAGCGUGGGGCUGCACUGUCCCCUGGGCCAGAUCAUCAGCGUCACCACCAGGCGCUGCGCCGGCUGA